AUGUCUCAUCUUUCGCAUGCAAAGAUCGUCCCCCGUCCCUCCAAGACCAGGGGAGCCGCCAACCAUGGUUGGCUGGACACCAGACACACCUUUUCUUUCGCUGGGUGGUAUGACCCCAGAUACACCCAGUUCGGGUCGCUUCGCGUCUUGAACGAAGAUCGAGUCAUGCCCGGCCAAGGGUUCCCGACGCAUUUCCACAACAAUGCCGAGAUCUUCUCCUAUAUACUCUCGGGCGAACUGACGCACCGAGACUCGAUGCAGAAGAAGGGCGCAGAAAGUCAAGACAAAAACAAGUUCUACCGGAUGCACAGGGGUGACGUGCAGUUUACAACGGGAGGAAGCGGGAUAUCCCAUAGCGAAUACAACGAGCACGACAGAGACUGGGUCCACUUCCUCCAGAUCUGGGUGCUCCCUUGGAAGAAGAACUUGCCGCCCGUUUAUCACACCAGCACAUUCUCGGAGGAAGACAAGCGAAAGGACUUUGUCACCAUAAUCACUCCACUGAAGGCGGGUCCUGAUGCCACCUUGGAAGACGAGAAGGUCGCAAUCCCGGCCAAGGAGGGAACCAUACCCAUUCACGCAGACGUCGUCUUCAGCGCCGGCAUCAUCCCUCCUGGCGAGGCGUUCCACUACAAGGUCGGUGCUGGGGAUGCCGUGACAUCCAAGUCGGGUCGAAAAGUGUAUAUUCAUCUACCCGAUACGAAGGGCGGGAAGGCGAAGAUUCGGUUGGACGGACGAGAAGAUGCUAUUCUAGGAGAGGGAGACGGGGCGUAUGUGACCAGUGUCAACGCUAGUGAUUUGCUCAAAGUCGAGAGCGUGGGAGACGCCGAAGCCGAAGUGGUGGUGAUUGAUUCGCAGUAA